UUUUAUCCCUGCAGAUUCCCGAUAUCGCCCCCGCUGUGAGAGACGUGAUGAUGAACCGAACAUUCGUGAUCAUUGAACUGAAGUUCCCGGAAUUUGUGGCUCAUGACUGGGAAGUGUGGUUCACCGAGAAGCUCAUCCCUGUCCUCCCCAGUUUCACCGCAGAAAUGCUGCUUAAGGUCACAGCUGGCAUCAACUGCACCAACUACCAUGUGAUUGUCAGAGGACUGAAUGUGGCUUAUUUACAAGUACCUGUCGAAAGAAGAGAGGAACUUGCUACAAAUCUAGUAGUUUACCUCAGACAGUCUCUUCACCAGAUCAGUCAGCUUGCCUGCAAACAGGGUGUCCAAAAUGACACUGACUGGCUGGUUCUGAACCUUGGUCAGUUUUUCACCUAUGUGCCUUAUUCUGACUUGGCAGAAUUCAACAUCUCUAGGGAAGCCGUGUUUGGCUCUCUAACUGGUGAACAGAAGGUGGAGCGAAUCUUGACACCUGAUCUGGUGGAUGACGAGUCUGCUGUUAGAGAAUUGUUUGGAUCUGUUGUAAACUCUCCAGACCAGAACCAGUUGGAUGAUUUUUUUAAGAAAUUGAUCCGCAUAUCUUCACAGAGAAACGUGUCAAGCAUCAGCACUGCUGUGAGCAGCAUAAUUUUGAACAUGACAUUGAUGGACCUGGCGAACAGAUUUGAAACCUUCGAUCCGCAGACGUUUGCUUUAUGGUUCCAGACGUACCUGCACGUUUUCCUCCCUGGGAUUGGUCCAGAUAGCCUUUCUGUCAUCCCCAGGACCAUCAGCUGCGAUUCUUACAGAGAAAUUGUGAAAGGCUGUGAUAACGUUUUCAGCAGUCUCACACCGAUUCAGACAGAGUACGUCUACAGUUUCACACGAGACUAUCUCUCCCAUCAGCCCAGCCAAGGAGAUUCUUGUCUGCUGAAUACUAACAGUGACUCUGAUUGGCUUCUGAAAAACUUUGGACGGUUCCGCUUCAUCGCCAAAUUUACUGACUUUACCAGUUUGAAGAGAGACUUUAAUGGGGUCGAGGUGGCAGAGCUUCUGACCGUGUCUCAGCUGGCUGGGCUUUGCUCCGACCCGUCCCGGCUCAGUGGACCAGCGGAUGUUCACACAGUGAUGAAUGAGCUUCAAACGCAAACGCUUUCAGAGUUUUUCGAUGUUCUUUCUCCAAACAUCCAAGUGAAUGAGCUGGGCUACCCUGCAGAGGUGAAGCGAGCCUUCCUGCAGACAGUGUUUGUGCGAGGAGAUCUGUCGUCUCCUUCGGUCAGUGAUGCUGAGCUGUCAGUCUGGCUCACGGUUCGACUCAGGCCACUGCUGUCCACUUUGAGCUCAGCAGAUGCUUCGGUGUAUUUUGACAUCAUAAGGGCUCGUGGCUGCAGCGUCCAACAGGAGGCCGUCAAUGUGCUGGACUCUCAAAGGACGUCUCUGGAUGGAAACACACAACGUCAGAUCUAUAACAACAUCCAACAGCUACUCACAGACGCUCCUCUUCGCUGUUAUGUCCGGGGCAGUUUCUACCUCUUCCUCAAGUCUUUCUUCCUCCAGUUUGGAUUUCCAGACCUCAACACCUUCCAGUCUCUGAUCCCUGCGGACAGGAGGCCUGAGCUGCUGAGCUCCAUCUCUACAGCCGAGCUGAGCCAGUUCCUGAACGCACCUCAGACGCUCGGAGACGGCUCGGGACUCUGCCAUCUGCUCGGCCAGUACAACCAGACCGCACGCUAUCUGGAGACGGAGCCGCUGGGAUCUGUGGGUUUGGCCCGGCAGGUGUUGUCCUGCGUCUGGCCUGGAGCUCUGAAGCUGGACGUCCAGUCCGAGGUGGAUCAGUGGUUCGAACAUCGACUCGUGCGAUACCUGCCUCUGCUCAGCUGGCAGCUCAUCAGUCCCACACAGCUCCGCAGCGCCAGCUGUUUAGCCUACAGGAAACUUGUUUCAGUUCUCGGAAACAACUACAACUUCUCCAGAACUGACUUCACCCCAGAGGAUGUGUACAGCUCAGUGAAGGUGUAUCUCUCAAAUGGUGGCUCACCGCGCUGCUAUAACACCUCCGAUCCUCAGCUGAACUCCACAGAUUGGCUUGUGAGCUACAUUGGCAUCUUCAUCAGAUUCGUCAACCUGUCUGACCUCAACUCCUUCGUGUCGUCUGACCAGAUUGGUGUGUUCUUGGAGAACCCGGAGAACCUUCAGCUGCUCAAUGGCACCGUAACCAUCCAGUCCAGCGUAGCUAUCUACUAUGUGACACAGCUGUACAAUCAGAACCCGUCCUUCAACCCCAUCAGGCUGCCAGGUCAGUUCCUGUGUGCAGUCCCUUCAUUUGCGUUAGAGCUUUUAGGAGGCGCAGACAGUUUGGUGCUCAUCCAGCGGAUCAACGUGUUCUGUAAUGGAACCGAGAGCCCUGAGAUCACCUCUGCUCUCGCAGCCAAUCUCCCUUCGCUUUCCUCCUCCACCAUCCAGCUGCUCGGCAGUCAGAGCGUGGGCCUGACGGAGGCUCAGAUAAGCUCCGCCUCCUCUGAUGUCAUCAAGGGCGCGCUCUCGACCCUCAGCGCCGUCGACGGCUGGAAUCAGGGCCAAGCUAACGCCGUCAUACAGACUCUCAUCAAGUCUGACUUUCCAUUGAACACCGGCUCCUCGCUGCUGUCUCUCGGGACGCUCGUCAAAGGCGUUCCAGCAGAAACCAUCUCCAGCAUUGAACCUUCAGAGCUCCUGGCCAUAUCCCAAAAUCCCACAUUCCUCAGCAACAUCCUCUCAGCACCAGAAAUCCUGCAGCUGGUUUAUGUCACGAAGAUCGUGUCUAUAGAUGAAACUAAAGUCAUCGAGAACGUUCCGGACGUGUUGGCUGGCUUGAUCCCGCGUGUCUUGUUGAUCCCUCAGGAGUCUGUGAACAUCACACUGAUCAACCAGAAGCAAUGGACACAGGAGCAGGCCGUGAUGCUGUUCGGCUCCGUGGCGAGUGUCAGUGAGGACACUGAGGAGCUGUCUGAGGAGCUGCUGCAGGGCUUCACCUGCACGUCUGUCCGGACGCUGGCCGAGCCCAAGGUCAAGCAGCUGGUCAAAGCCUGCAGACGACGGCCAGGACGGCAGAAGGUCCAGCUGAAGGAGAGUCAGCUGAUGUGCAUGUACAACUAUAUGAAAGAUGAGCCUUCGCCAAGCUUCGCAGAUUUACCUUCAGACAUCCUGCUUUACUACAACUAUGAGAAGGUGGAGGAGGCGAACUGCCGCUCAUAUUUCAGCGCUGUGGGCACGGCAGAUUUCUCCGUUCUUUCCAGUGUCCUUGACAAACAGAAGACUCUGUUCAACAACGCACAGAGCUGUCUGGGUAUUUCGGAUCAAAGGCUGAGCAAGGAUCACGUGGAGGUUCUGGGUAACCUGACCUGCACUCUCGACGCCGUCUACAUCCAGAACUCUGACCCAGCCAUCAUUGAAAGCCUGAAGAAGUGUCACGAUCUGUCCGACACUCAGAUCAGCGCUGUGCAAUCACUGCUGCUCUCGGGAGAGACUGUCUAUGGGAACUCUUCUGCUUGGGAUCAGCAGACGCUGGAGAACCUCGACACCCUGCCGCUGUACUUCACUGACGACUUCUGGAGCCGCUUCAGCACGCCUCUGAAGAGGAGCUACAUGAAGGUGUUCAUGCCAUUCCUGAGGACCAGAAACACAGAGAAGCCGAAACUAAAGAAUCUCUUUAAGAACUGCAACGCUGAGUUAGACGCUCGAAGCAGAAUCAGGCGCUCUGCAGACUGCACCGCGGGAAACAUCACAGAAGCCACCAUCGCAGACGCCUCGUUCCCGUUCGGAUACACCGUGGCCCAGUUCGACGCCUGUCUGAGCGCCAGGGUCCUCAGAGAUAACCUGGCCGCCGUCUCUGAGAAAGUGGACGACAACGACUUCCAGAGAAUCAUUCUGAGCAAGCUGAAGCAGGUGUAUCCGGCGGGACUCUCUGACAGCACACUGCAGCUGCUCGCAUCUGUCUCACGACAAGCCACGGUGGACGAGAUCAGGACCUGGAGCAUCACCAGCAUCGACGCGCUGACCGCACUGAUGGACUCACACAACGGAGGAUGGGACAAAGACAAGAGUAAGGAGGUGAUCCUCAGGUAUCUGAGUGUGCCCGGUCACACUUUAGGCACUAAUGAGCUGAACAUCAUCGGCUCGAACAUCUGUGCACUGAACAUCUCAACACUUCAGAGCAUUACAGCGAGAGACCUGAGCAAUGCAGAAGUUCUGGAUCUGUCCUCGUGCUCCUUUGAGCAGAAAUCAGUUCUGUACAGCACUGCCAACUCCUCGUUCAGAGCUCAGCGCAGCAACAGCCCGAUUUACUUCCACCUCAUCAGCCCUUACCUCGGUGGUGCUCCGGUUGAGGACGUGAGGGCUUUGGCCUCUUCUAACAUCACUAUGGACAUCAGCACCUUCAGAAGCCUCAGUGUACCUGUGGUGACGGGUCUGAGUGUGUCUGAUGUGCGUGCGCUCAUGGGUUCAACCGUGGCCGAUCUGAAGGUGUUUGAGAAUGACUCUGUGGUUCAGGCAUGGAUCUCCUCACAGCCGCAGUCUCAGUUAGACAUGCUGAACCUGGGUCUGCGUGGAGGCCGAGCCGACCUGAGCACAUCCGCACCCAUCACCGUCCAAAACAACAACAGCAGCAGCACCGCUAACAGCAGCACCGCUAACAGCAGCACCGCUAACAACAGCACCGCUAACAACAGCAGCGCUAACAGCAGCAGCAUCACCGGCAGCGGCACGCAGUCAGCGGCUCCUGGCCAAUCAGCUGCAGCGACUGUCACUGCACAGGGAUCUGCAUCAGCUCUUCGUCUCGGUCCAGGCCUGUGGCUCGUCCUGGCCUGUGUGUGGCUUCUGACCUUCACAUGAUAGAUGAUAUGACGUACUUAAUCAAAAAUCUAUGAACUCAUCAUCAGAAAUCCGUUAGAUUAACACAAGUGCUCCAUUGGAUCAAUAAUGUAGCAUCAAAUAUAUAUCGGAGCAAUAUUAAAUAGAAUAUCAGUAAUUCACUUUAGUUGAUUUUUGUGUCUCUCUUGUGUCUUUAUAGUCAUAUUUGUUCUGAAGUUAUUUUUAAUUUAAUUUGUGAUGAUUGUAUAAUCUGUGAACUAAUUUAAAACAUAAGUCUAGUCUAAUAAAAAUAUUUACACAUUAUCUGACGAAAAUGAAGGAAAUCACAGUUUUGUUAAAUUAAUAUGAUAGAAUAGCUAAUUAUUUUGUGCCUUAGUAGAAUAUUAUUUUCACAUUCACUUUUACUGUAAAAUCAAAUCACUUUCACUUCAAUAAAAUCUUCAUCUUUAUCUGCA